AUGUCUGGCCAUAUCAAGUUUGCUGAGCCGAUCUCGAAGAAAUCAAACAUCGGGCGCUCCAGGUCCGAUACUCAGGAAAAGGGGUCUGCACAACGAGCACCCUCCCCCGGAACUGAAAUCGUGUACCCGACAGGAUGGAGACUCGUACUGACCACCAUAGGGCUUUUGCUCUCCUUUUUCCUCUCAAAUCUGGAUGUGACCAUAGUUAGCUCGGCUCUCACAAGUAUCACCGACAGCUUGAACGGGUUCGAGAAGAGAAGCUGGAUCGUCACGGGAUAUCUGGCUACAUACACAGGUUCCAUGGCAAUAUGGACCAAGGUGAGCGAUAUAGUGGGAAGGAAAUCUACAACAAUCGCUGCAUUGGUCAUACUGCUUGCUUUCUCGAUUGGGUGCGGGUGCGCUCAGACAGUGAACCAACUGAUCAUCUUUCGAGCCUUUCAAGGAAUAGGUGGCGCCGGUGCAUACGCACUGACAAUACUCUGCGUCUAUGAAAUAACUCCCAAGGCCAAGCUUCCCACUUACAGUGCUCUCAUGUCCAUUUGUCUAGUUCUCGCAUCCUUGAUAGGCCCAAUCAUCGGAGGUGCCUUUGCUCAGAACUCUGCAUGGCGGUGGACCUUUUUUAUAAACGCUCCCCUAUGUGCUCUUGCGAUAGUGAUCAUUCUUGUCGCAAUGCCCGUCAACUUUGGUCUUGAUCAACACACCCCAUCGUUUAGGACACGAGCUUCAUAUCGCUCAUUUGCUAAUCUUGACAUUGUUGGCUCGGUAUUGAUGAUGGCAAGCUCUUUUUUGAUCGUCGCUGUCCUGAACGAAACCAAUCUCGCAUUUUCCUGGUCGUCUCGAGACGCAAUUGCGCUGCUCGUGCUUACAGGAGUCUCGUGGAUCGCAUUCUUUGCCUGGGAGUGGUACAUAUCAGGAAUACCAGGCAAAGAUCCAAUUUUCCCCAAGCGAUGGCUGUUUGAUCGACCUUGGAUGGGCAUUCUCAUUUCUUCUUUUGUCAUCGGUGCCCCGUUCAACGUUGUUUUGGUUUAUGUUCCACAGCAAGCUGAGUUGCUGCUCGGAAAAUCGCCGUUUGAUGCCGGUAUCUAUCUGAUUGGAUAUUCUGCCAUUGCCAUGGUCGCUGCUGGUCUCAUCAACAUCGCAAGCUCUAGAGGGCGUAUACCCUUUAUCUAUACACUACUUGUUGGUUGUGUCAUCCAUACUGUGGGUGUCGGCCUUCUCUCGACCAUCGCCUCUUCGAAGGGAUUCCAUGCAACAGACAUCGUAUAUGAGGUCAUCGCUGGUGCAGGCAUGGGUCUAACACUUGGAAUCUUGGUGUUAUCUACCCCAUAUAUAGUCGAAGACAGAGAUCUGGCAAUUGGCACUGGUGCUGUCGUCCAGUUCCGGUUCCUCGGCGGGGCGAUCGGUCUGGCUAUUGCAUCCAACAUCCAAAAUGGCCAACUCGCAAGCUCUUUGCAUGGGGUUCUCACUUCGCAUAGGUUGCACUUCUUUCUUGAGAAUGUGAAGUUGACACAAGACCUUUCCCCGCAAUUGCAAGAGCGCAUCAAGGAUGUGUUUGCUAGUAGUUAUACUACUCAGCUGAGAGUUAUGAUUGGGUUUGCAGCUGCCCAGUUACCUGCAACCCUACUUCUCCUAAAAUCUGGUCGGCAGCUUACAGCUAAGAAGCAUCCAAGCGAAGAAGGAGAAUAA